UCGCGCCCCCGCCGCCCCCCGACCGCCGGAGCCCGCAGCCCGGAGCCCGCCGACCCCGCCGCCGAGGUUCCUGCCUGAAUACCAGCUUGGGAACUCCCCACUGCCCGCAGCCACCUCCAGCGCAGCCCCCCAUCACCAUGCACUCCUUGGACGAGCCGCUCGACCUGAAGCUGAGCAUCACCAAGCUCCGGGCGGCGAGAGAAAAGCGGGAGAGGACGCUGAGUGUGGUCCGGCAUCGAGCUCUGCACAGGGAGCUUGGCCUGGUGGAUGACAGCCCCACGCCAGGCUCCCCAGGCUCUCCGCCCUCAGGCUUCCUGCUGAACCCCAAGUUCCCUGAGAAGGUCGAGGGACGCUUUUCGGCAGCACCUCUGGUGGACCUCAGCUUGUCACCGCCAUCUGGGCUGGAUUCUCCCAAUGGCAGCAGCUCGCUGUCCCCCGAGCGCCAGGGCAAUGGGGACCUGCCUGCAGUGCCCAGUGCCCCGGACUUCCAGCCACUGCGCUAUCUGGAUGGCGUCCCAAGUUCCUUCCAGUUCUUCCUGCCUCUGGGCUCCGGGGGGGCCCUGCACCUGCCUGCUUCCUCCUUCCUCACCGCCCCCAAGGACAAGUGCCUCUCGCCAGAGCUACCCCUGCCCAAACAGCUGGUGUGUCGCUGGGCCAAGUGUAACCAGCUCUUUGAGCUCCUGCAAGACCUGGUGGAUCACGUCAACGAUUACCACGUCAAGCCUGAGAAGGACGCAGGGUACUGCUGUCACUGGGAGGGCUGUGCCCGCCAUGGCCGAGGCUUCAACGCCAGCAGGUACAAGAUGCUCAUCCAUAUCCGCACACACACCAAUGAGAAGCCGCACCGCUGCCCCACCUGCAGCAAGAGCUUCUCACGCCUGGAAAAUCUGAAGAUCCACAACCGGUCGCACACAGGUGAGAAGCCCUACGUCUGCCCCUACGAGGGCUGCAAUAAGCGCUACUCCAACUCCAGCGACCGCUUCAAGCAUACGCGCACCCACUAUGUGGACAAGCCCUACUACUGCAAGAUGCCCGGCUGCCACAAGCGCUACACGGACCCCAGCUCGCUGCGCAAGCACAUCAAGGCCCACGGCCACUUCGUGUCUCAUGAGCAGCAAGAGCUCCUGCAACUGCGGCCGCCCCCCAAACCACCACUGCCCACCCCUGAUGGCAGCCCCUAUGUCAGCGGAGCCCAGAUCAUCAUCCCCAACCCUGCUGCCCUUUUCGGAGGCCCAGGCCUGCCCGGCCUGCCCCUCCCCCUGGCCCCUGGCCCCCUUGACCUCAGUGCCCUGGCCUGUGGCAACGGUGGGGGCGGUGGGGGUGCAGGGGGCAUGGGCCCCGGGCUGCCGGGCCCCGUCUUGCCCCUCAAUCUGGCCAAGAACCCGCUGCUGCCCUCACCCUUUGGGGCUGGUGGACUGGGCCUGCCGGUGGUCUCCCUCCUCGCUGGCUCCGCUGGCGGCAAGGCUGAGGGGGAGAAGGGGCGUGGGGCAGUGCCCACCAGGUCUCUGGGCAUGGAGGGCCGCAAGACCCCCCUUGAGAGGACGGAGAGCAGCCGCUCCCGGCCAAGCCCCGACGGACUGUCCCUGCUGCCCGGCACCGUGCUGGACCUGUCCACGGGCGUCAACUCCGCGGCCAGCAGCCCAGAAGCGCUCACUCCUGGCUGGGUGGUCAUCCCGCCAGGCUCCGUGCUGCUCAAGCCGGCCGUGGUGAACUGACCGCCCAGCGGACAGCUACCUGCGGCCCUGCCCCUGACGAACGGAAAGUCUUCUGCGAAAUAGCAAUAAUGUCCUCCUGCCCCCGGGGCCUGGGUGGCUGUGUCCCCCCCCUGCCCCCCGGUGGUCCCAGCCCCAGACAAAGCUGGGCAGCAAGGAUGGUGCUAGAAGGUCAUUGGUGGUGUCCCAGGCUCCGGAGGGGGAACUGGCCCUGCCAGCCAGGGAGGGCUGUGCUCCCGGGUGCUGAGGCCUUGCUCACCUCUGGCCCCCCCCCCCUCGGUCCCCCAGGCCGCCCACCCUGGUGCCUCCCUCAUUCAGUCGCCAGCCUGGGUCGGUGACCCUCCCUCCCUGCCUUGCCCACCUGCUAGGCCUGUCCCCGUCCUGCCUAGCCUCUCUGGGCCCCUGCUCUGGGGGCUUCUUGGACCCCUUUCCCUCUGGCCCACCCUCCAGAGGGAGAGCAAGACAGACGCAGGCAAAGCCACAGGAAGAAGCCACCAUAUCCCUAUGACAAGGUGCCUCCAACCUCAGAGAGGGAGGCCCGCUCUGCCAGCUGCCCCUCACCACUAGCCCGUCCAAAACCAGCCAGCACUACCUGAGGGUUGGCCCCUUCUCUGGGCUGGGUGCUCUCCAAAGCGAGGGGAUUGCUGACCACUCCCCUGCCCCUUCCCUGCUGGGCCUCCUCCCUCUGCUUUCAGGGAGCCCUGAGUGAGGAGGCCAGACGCGAGGACCCUGGGCCCUCAUUUGGCUCAGGGAACGGUGGGGCAGGGCCUGGCCUGGGGCAGUGCUACUCAGCACAAGGGACUCUGGAGGCUCGCAGGGCUUCAGUAGGUGGGAGGCUGGCUGGGGACAAUCCCAGGCUGGGGCACAGCUCCCAUUCUGGGGGUGCCAAGUCACAGCCGGCACAUGGGGGAAGGUAGGGCUCCAGGUCAGUGCUGGGUUUGCGAGCUUUCCAGAGGCCACAAACUGAAAACCCUGGGCUUGGGGGUGGUGAAGCCACGGGAGGGCCCCUCUGUUGGGAAGGGGGGAAGAGGAAGGAACCCAGGGUUUACGACAUGGCUGUUUCCUUUGGCUUUUCCUAACUAAGCCUCUGUCCUAGAGGUGUCCCCACCCCCCACAGGGCAUGGGCCGGAAUAAGCUAAGGAUGCUGGUGUUCCACUGCCCCAUCCUGUCAGGCCCGGGGGGCCUCAGCAUAGGCACACCCCCACCCUUGCUGUUCCCUCUGGAGGUGGCCUGGCAGUCAGGACUUUUGGCUCCACAGCCACAUGACCAAGCACUCCAUUUCCCCUGCUGUAGAACAGGGAGCUGCAGGCCAGUAGUGGUGGCGGCAGCAGCCCAGCAGCUCCAGGGUCUCCCAGCUGCUCCUCUGAGCAGCUCUGCAGACUCCACCGUUUCCUGGACCGCCCUUCUGUCCUAGAGGGGUCACCCUGACCCGGCCUGCCCUGACAGGGCCUGGCAGUGCUGGCUCUGCCCCUUGAAGGGGCUGUGAGUGAAGCAGGAGGGAGCUGGUCUCCUUUCUUCGGGCCCCCCAGGACCCAGGCCUUAAGUCCCCAGUUGGGGGUGAGGGCUUUGAGACUCAAGCCCAGGGAGCAGAGGAACAGGGCACUGAAAGGUGACAUUAGCUCAGCAUGUGACUUGGUGACAGACCAGGCUCGAGAGGGCUGGUGUACGUGUUGUUGUUGUGGGUUUGUUGUUGCACAUUCCAGGAUAUCAGUAUUUUAACAGGUUCUAAGUGCCUUUCUAUUGUAGCUUAUGUUUUUCCUCCUCUUGGCUCCAUUGCUGUUAGCAUAGAGUUUAAAAAAAAAAAAAAAGAUAAGCUAAUGACUAUAACAAUAUAUUCCUCCAUGUGAGAGGAAGUUUAUAAAGAAACAAUAAAAGUGAGUUGCAAAGA